GAACUUUAUGUGAUAGUCGGGGAAAAUUUGAGGCAAAUAAUAUUCGGAAAUAGAAAUGCAAUUGAGCUUGUUGGUGAUUGUGGCCCUCUUCGGGAUUGGAACUAUUUCAUGCAACUCAAUUCACAGGACAUUUAGUAACAUUAAGUUACAAGCGGAUGACAGUGAAGCUGCUAAAAAAAUCAAUGAAAAGGCAGCCGCCAAUGCAUUUAGUUAUGAUGUUUGUUCAACACCUGCAUGUAUCCAUGAAGCGUCACGUAUUCUUAGUCAGAUGGAUGAAACAAUUGAGCCGUGUGAUGAUUUCUUCAGUUACGCGUGCGGCGGUUUUGUGAAGGAGACUGUCAUUCCUGAAGAAAAAGGAUUAAUCACCAUAUUCUCGGCAGUUUCCGAUAAACUUCAGGAACAGUUACAUUCAUUGAUUAGCGAAGAAAUCAAUCCAAAUGAUUCGGCACCAUUCAAUUUGGCAAAAAAAUUGUACAGAUCGUGCAUGAACAAAACACUAAUUGAAGAACGUGGAUUGCAGCCAUUACGCGACAUCACCGAUAAACUCGGCGGUUGGCCGGUCGUCAAAGGUGAUCAAUGGGAUAUGAAAACAGAAUGGAGCUGGUCUUGGGCUGUUAAAGAAUUGCGUAAAAUUGGCUAUAGUACCAAUUAUAUUUUUGACUUAUCUAAUAAGAGAAUUAUUAACAUUGAUCAAGCGGGUUUAGGUUUACGUCGAGAAUAUUUGAUCAAAGGAUUUGAGGAUAAAGUUGUAAAGGCAUACUACGAAUACAUGGUUGACACAGCUGUUAUUUAUGGUGCAGACCGUGGCCUUGCUGAAAGGGAACUCAAAGAAUCGCUUGAGUUUGAAAUGAAAUUGGCCAAUAUUUCGCUGCCGAGUGAAGAACGAAGAAACUACACAGCCCUCUACAAUCCGCACACAUUGCGUGAAUUACAGCAGAAAUAUCCAUAUGUUCAAUGGAUUGAAUACAUAAAUGCGCUGUUACCGCCAGAGUUGUCAGUCGAGGAAAAUGAAAUCAUUGUGAUUCUUGUGCCUUCUUAUUUUGAAAAAUUGAGCCAAUUAUUGCAAGACGCCCCAAAACGGCAAAUUGCUAAUUAUAUGAUGUGGCGCGUUACAGCCGAUUCAACAGUCUACCUCACAAACGAAUUGCGGAAUAGGAAAUUACUCUACGACAAAGUUGUCAGUGGAGUGCAAGAACAAACGGCAAGAUGGAAAGAAUGCACUGAUAUUACGAGAGAGAGUUUGCCAGUAGCUGUUGGUGCAUUGUAUGUGCGAAAACACUUCCGACAAGAAUCCAGAGACAUCGCUCUGGAAAUGGUCAAUGGAAUCAAAAAAGAAUUUGAAGUCAUUUUGAACGAAGUUGAGUGGAUGGAUGAGGAAACACGUGAAUCAGCUCUCAAAAAAUUAGGAACAAUGUAUUCGCAUAUCGCUUAUCCAGAUGAAUUCAUGGACGAUUCCGAAAUUGAAAAAUACUACAAAAAAUUAGAAAUCGAUGAAAACAACUAUCUGUCGUCCUUUUUGAAUAAGAAUAUCUUCGGCACUGAUUAUGCAUUCAGUAAACUUCGUAAACCAGUCAACAAAACCGAAUGGGUCACUGGACGGCAUUCAUAUGCAGCCGUUGUUAAUGCAUUUUACGAACCAACUGAAAAUAGCAUACAAUUCCCGGCAGGAAUUUUACAAGGUCAUUUCUUCUCGCCCGACCGUCCGCGAUAUUUGAACUUUGGAGCAAUUGGUAUGGUCAUUGGACAUGAAAUCACUCACGGCUUUGACGAUAAAGGAAGUCAAUUUGAUCUCAAUGGCAAUUUAGUUGAUUGGUGGCAACCUGAAACGAAGGCUCAUUAUUUGGAAAAAGCAAAAUGUAUCAUUGAGCAAUAUGGAAACUUUACUGAGCCUAUGACUGGUUGGAAAUUGAAUGGCAUCAACACGCAAGGAGAGAAUAUUGCUGAUAAUGGAGGUUUCAAAGAAUCGUAUCGCGCCUAUCAAAAAUGGCAAAAAGAAAAUGGACACGAACCAAAAUUACCUGGUUUAAAUUAUACGCCACAACAAAUGUUCUGGAUUUCUGCAGCUCAAUCAUUUUGCAGCAAAUAUAGACUUGAAACCUUGAAAAUGAAGAUUGCAACUGAUCCACAUAGUCCAGGACCGUUUCGUGUACUCGGACCAUUAAGUAAUCGACAAGAGUUCGCCGAUGAUUUUAAUUGCAAACUGGGCGCUCCGAUGAACCCUGUUAAGAAAUGUGAAGUUUGGUAGUUAACUAGGUUAAUUGCAGGGAUUCAUUUAUAUAAAUUGCCUUAAAAUUGACGAGACAAAACACAACUUUUAAAGUUCAAUUUUUUAAUUGAUUAUCGUGUUUAAAUUUAACUAAAAAAAUGUAGAUGGAAUAAAUUGUUAGAGUUUAAAACAAAA